AUGGCAACAACUAUGGUUAGCUCUGCUGGUGGACUGUUAGCUAUGCUUAAUGAGAGCCACCCUCUGUUAAAACAACACGCACUUUACAAUCUCAACAACUUUGUUGAUCAAUUCUGGCCCGAGAUCUCUACUAGUGUGCCUAUAAUAGAGAGUUUGUAUGAAGAUGAUGAGUUUGAUCUGAAUCAGAGACAGCUUGCCGCAUUGCUUGUUUCUAAGGUUUUCUAUUACUUGGGUGAACUUAAUGACUCACUGUCAUAUGCCCUUGGAGCUGGAUCCCGCUUUGAUGUUUCGGAGGAUUCUGACUAUCUUCAUACUCUCCUUGCUAAGGCCAUAGACGAGUAUGCUAGCCUAAAGUCCAAGGCAGCUGAAUCAAAUGCUGAUGUAGCAGAUGUGGACCCUAGGUUAGAGGCAAUCGUGGAGAGAAUGCUGGACAAGUGCAUCACUGAUGGAAAGUUCCAACAAGCUAUGGGUAUUGCAAUUGAAUGCCGAAGAUUGGAUAAACUCGAGGAAGCUAUCUUGAAGAGUGAUAAUGUCCAUGGAACUCUCUCCUAUUGCAUUAAUGUUUCUCAUUCAUUUGUUAACCGUAGAGAGUAUCGGCACGAGGUCCUCCAGCUUCUUGUUAAAGUAUAUCAAAAGUUACCUUCUCCUGAUUAUUUGAGCAUUUGUCAGUGUUUGAUGUUCUUGGAUGAGCCUGAAGGUGUAGCUAGCAUCUUAGAAAAACUUCUACGCUCAAGAAAUAAGGAUGAAGCUUUGUUGGCAUUUCAAAUAGCUUUUGAUCUUGUGGAGAAUGAGCACCAGGCUUUUCUUCUGAAUGUUAGAGACCGUCUUUCACCUCCAAAGACUCAAAUUUCAGAGCCAAAACCUGCGGCUCCAGAUUCAUCUCAAAAUGAAAAUUCUAGUGCUCCAGAAGAUGCUCAAAUGACCGAAGGAACUUCAUCUCCUAUUGUGCAUGAAAUAGAUCCAAGUGAAGCAGUCUAUGCUGAGAGGCUGACAAAAAUAAAGGGAAUUUUGUCUGGGGAGACAUCAAUACAGCUGACUCUGCAAUUCCUAUAUAGUCAUAACAAGUCAGACCUCCUUAUACUGAAGACAAUUAAGCAAUCUGUCGAGAUGAGAAAUAGUGUCUGCCAUAGUGCAACUAUUUAUGCCAAUGCAAUUAUGCAUGCUGGAACAACUGUGGAUACAUUUCUCAGGGAAAAUUUAGACUGGUUGAGCAGAGCCACAAAUUGGGCCAAAUUUAGUGCAACAGCAGGUCUUGGUGUCAUCCACAGAGGUCACUUGCAGCAGGGCAGGUCACUGAUGGCCCCUUAUUUGCCUCAAGGCGGUGCUGGUGGUGGAGGUAGUCCAUACUCAGAAGGUGGCGCCCUUUAUGCUCUGGGACUUAUUCAUGCCAACCACGGCGAGGGCAUAAAACAAUUCCUUCGUGAAAGCUUACGUAGCACCAGUGUGGAGGUUAUUCAACAUGGUGCAUGUUUAGGUCUUGGUUUGGCAGCUCUAGGAACCGCUGAUGAAGAUAUCUAUGAUGAUAUCAAAAGUGCGUUGUAUACUGAUAGCGCUGUUGCUGGUGAAGCUGCUGGUAUCAGUAUGGGUUUGCUUAUGGUUGGGACUGCAAGUGAGAAAGCUAGUGAGAUGCUUGCGUAUGCGCACGAGACCCAACAUGAGAAAAUCAUCAGGGGAUUAGCAUUGGGGAUAGCCCUUACAGUUUAUGGGAGAGAAGAAGAAGCAGACACACUAAUCGAGCAGAUGACUCGGGAUCAAGAUCCUAUACUUCGUUAUGGUGGCAUGUAUGCAUUGGCAUUAGCAUACAGUGGAACAGCAAACAACAAGGCUAUUCGCCAGUUGCUGCACUUUGCUGUAUCAGACGUGAGUGAUGAUGUCAGGAGGACUGCUGUUCUUGCACUUGGAUUUGUCUUGUACUCUGAGCCAGAGCAGACUCCUCGAAUUGUCUCCUUGCUUUCGGAGUCUUAUAAUCCACAUGUACGAUAUGGUGCUGCUCUCGCAGUUGGCAUCUCCUGUGCAGGCACUGGCUUGAGUGAGGCUAUAUCUUUGCUAGAACCUUUGACGUCAGAUGUUGUUGAUUUUGUUCGUCAAGGUGCCCUCAUUGCAAUGGCUAUGGUCAUGGUCCAAAUGAAUGAAGCCAGUGAUUCUCGUGUUGGAACAUUCAGACGGCAAUUGGAAAAGAUAAUCCUUGACAAGCAUGAAGACACAAUGAGCAAGAUGGGAGCAAUCCUUGCUUCCGGAAUACUUGAUGCUGGGGGUAGGAAUGUGACUAUAAGAUUGCUUUCCAAGACAAAGCAUGAUAAAAUCACUGCUGUUGUUGGCCUUGCUGUUUUUAGUCAGUUUUGGUACUGGUAUCCACUUAUCUAUUUCGUAAGCUUAGCAUUCUCACCCACAGCUUUUAUUGGUCUUAACUAUGACUUGAAAGUUCCAAAAUUUGAGUUUGUAUCAAAUGCAAAGCCUUCUCUGUUUGAGUAUCCAAAACCAACCACUGUGCCUACCGCAACGUCUGCUGUGAAACUUCCUACUGCAGUUCUGUCAACAUCGGCGAAGGCCAAAGCUAGGGCUAAGAAAGAAGCAGAUCAGAAAGCUAGCGCUGAAAAGGCAGCUGGAGCAGAGUCUUCACCUGCUGCAACAAGUGCUGGAAAAGGGAAAGCGCCCAGUGAGAAGGAUGGGGAUGCUAUGCAGGUUGAUGGGCAGCCAGAGAAGAAAGCAGAGCCCGAGCCUUCUCAUGAAAUUUUGAUAAACCCAGCCAGGGUUGUUCCUGCCCAGGAGAAAUAUAUUAAAUUUAUGGAAGAUAGCAGAUAUGUGCCAGUGAAGUCAGCACCUUCAGGGUUUGUUCUCUUGAGAGACUUGCAACCAACUGAACCCGAGGUGCUUUCUCUUACAGAUACACCUUCAUCUACAGCAUCACCUGCUAGUGGUUUGGCCACAGGACAGCAAAGUUCUGCAUCGGCCAUGGCGGUUGAUGAGGAACCCCAGCCUCCACAGCCUUUUGAGUACAGCUCAUAA